GGCCAGAAGAAAGGCUGCUGGUGGUAUUGUUCAGUGGUCUCUGAAAGGACGGGAUGUUUCUAAGCUCUCUGUUGUUUUUGUUUUUCUCAAGCAGAUCUUCCGUUGUUUACACCUGCCACAGCUGAAUCUCCCAUCUGCACAUUUGGACAAGAUGUCUUCAAGCAUCACAUUUGUUAGAUGAAUUCUUACGUAAAUACAGGUAUGUCCUGUCCUGGGCACCUCUUCAACAAAAGAUUACAGUUCACGACUGUUAUAAUAAUAAUAAUUCAGUUCAUAGGAGCCACCUCCUAGGCACUGAGGUCCCUUCAGCCCCCCAGAGUUCAUGGGCAUUGCCAUUCAUAUGGUGUGAGUGUGCCAUGUCAUGUGAUUGAUUAUGCGGGGUGGGGCUUACCUGCCCCCCCAAUAUUUUAUUCAGGUUGGCACCCCUGAUUCAGUCCCUAUACUUAAAAACUGGACAUUUUAAAGGACAUUUCAGAUUACAAGUCAAUGCUCAGUCAAUGUUCAAGCUGGAAAGUGUGCAAAGGAGGGUGACUAAGGUGAUAAAAGGGUCUGGAAGACAAGCCUGAUGAGAAGCAGUUGAGGGAGUUGGGUAGGUUUAGCCUGGAGAAGAGGAUAUGAAAGCCAUCUUCAAAUAUCUGAAGGGCUGUCACAUGGAAGAUGGAGCAAACUCAUUUUCUGCUGCUCCAGAGGGUGGGAUCUGAACUAAUAGAUUCAGAUUACAAUAAAGGAGAUUCCAACUAAACAGUCUGAUUAUAAGAGCUGUCCGACAGUGGAACAGACUCCCAUGGAAGGUGGUGGACUCUUUCCUUCCUUGCAGAUUUUCAACCAGAGGUUGGAUGGCCACCUGUCAUGAAUGCCUUAGCUGAGAUUCCUGAAUUGAAGGGGGUUGGACUAGAUGACCCUUGGAGUCUCUUCCAACUCGACAAAAUGAUGGUAAAGGAUGCUCAGUGCAAGCACUAGUGAUGGGCAACUCACUUUCCCUUCAGUCUAGGUUGGAGUAGCUCAAAAAUCCCCCUCGUCCCAAAAGAAGUUUGGUGCAUUUUUUAGUCCAGUCUUCUUUUGGAAGUACAUCUUAGGAAAGCUACAUUACUCAGGUGCCUUUUUGUGCUAUCAGUGCAGUAUGAUGAAUGAAAGAUGAAUCAGCUGACAAUUCUUCCUGGGCGCAGAUUUGAAUCCAAGCCAGAGAAGAAUUUAGGAACACAUGAUAGGACUUAAUCCCAUAUAAGUGUGUAUAUUAAUAUUAUUUAACACUCCUAAAGCACCUUAUUUUUUCUAUGCACUCUACAUAUAUUAAAAGACAAAGAAAAGGGAAUGCAGAGGGAAGAAUGCAACCCUGUGCAUGCUUUCCUGGGAGUUAGUCCCACUGAAUUGAGUGGGACUUACUUCUGAGAAAACAGGCUUGACUUUAGGCCUGAAAUCCUACACCCACUACCCCAAGGGUAUGUACAACUGACCUCCAUGGGAAACACCGAGGAAACAUGCAUAAUUUUGCUUUAAGAUUGCAAAGAACUGUGCACUUAUUUGACAGUGAAGAUCCAAGUAUGUGUUAUGUUAGCUAUGAAUCUGUGUCCUAAAGUGCAAGGCUGUUGUUUUUGUUUCCACAAAUUGUCAGCAGGAAUAGUGGUGCUGAUCCAGAUUGGGACCCUGAUGUGGAGGAUGGGUUUUUUAAGCGUUUUUAAAGAAAGGUUUAUGUGUACUGUGUUCCCAAAAUGGAUCAUGGGCAAGGGGGACACACUUGCAAUUUGCAUUUGGGGAAUAGGUACUUUCAUAUCUCAGCAUUUCUGAAUGUUUUCCCCAAUCUACUUCAGCAUAUCUAAACAAAGGAACCUGAAAUGGAGCCUAAAGAGGACAAAAAACCCAACGGGCAGCCCUCAGAGGAGAAGAAGGCUAAUGGGCAGCCAGCAGAGGACAAGGCAUCCAGUGCCAAUUCUGCAGAGAAGCAGCAAGUGGAUGGACAAGCAACCGAGGACAAACAAGCUGAUGGAAAUGCAGUAAGACAACCUCCUUAUAUUCCACGCAUAUUCCUUCCUUUAAAUCAAAGUAAUCCAAGAUACUAUUUUAUAACAUGUCAGCAUACUUUCAGAAAACUACAGUACUUCUAAACUGCCGGGUCAUUCUAGCACAAAGCUCUCUAGUUGUUUGAUAUGAAUUGCAUUUUACUCCCUCGUGGAAGCCUUUCCUAAAUUUCAGAUCUGUGCAUUCUUGCUCUCUGCUUACUGGGCCAGUUUGAACGGACCUCUCUGCCAAGACAGGCUGCCUGUCACCCGGGCACAUGGAUCCUAUCUCCAAGCUCACCACUGGAGAGCCCUGUGCGGAUGUAAUGGCAGGAAUGCAAUGUGGCUCUGAGAUGGCUUCAUCGCUGCAAGCAUUUCUUUGGACUAAACAGAACCAUCUCCCCUCUCCUACUCCCUCCCAUGCACUGUUUUGGGGGUUCUCUUGACCCCCCAGAGCAGGCCUGGGGAAGACACAUGGGACACAUGGGAAGGGGGCAGGAGAGUUGCACCAGCAGCAGUCCUUGUGCUGGCUUCCACUAACAGAACAAUGUACCCCAGUAGGUUGUAUCCGGCAAAGUGUUACUCAGAGUAGACCCAUUGAAAUCAAUGUACCUGAAUAAUUUUUAUUUAGUUUACAUUCUUCCCAAAGGAGCCUACAGUGGCAAUUUUGAAAUUAGUCAUGUUCAUUGAUUUCAAGGGGUCUGCUCAGAGUACGACUGACUUUGGAGACAUCCCAAUAUUUCUGAAGGAUUUGCACACAUAACAUUCAGUCAGCCUCCCCCCUCAACACACCACUAACGCCCUGCAGAUAUUUUGAGUACAACCCCCAUUUAUUUAUUUUAACUAUUAGAUUCGUAUACUGCCCAUCCAAAGAUCAAAGGGCAGAUUACAACAUAAAACAAAAAUUAAAAACUGUUGUUGUUGACAUCCGCCUGUCUCGAGAGACAAUGGAGGACUGCAUUUUCAGAGCUAAAGUCAAACCAAUGGAGAGUUACAGUGCCUGCUGUGGCUACAGAGGAGGAGACAGGUUUUGCUGCAGCUGGGGAAAAGGAAGGCUGCUGCAGAUGCACCUUGGCACUUCUUCUCUCUGCACUCCUCCCAGCGCUCUUUCCUCCUCUAGUCCCUGCUGUGGAUACGCAGCCUGACCGAUUGUCUCCAGGCACUGCGAUUAAAUCAUAACAAAAAAGCAAUUCCCCUCCCUGCAAACACAUCUUAAAGGCUGUAGAUGGUUUAAUCAGCCAUCAGCUCCAGCUGUUGUCCCAAAACAUCUGGAGGGCACGAAGUUGAGGAAGGCUCGUCCUAACAAUGCAAUUUGUUUCCAAAUUGUGUGUCAUGAGCUUUGGAUUUACAUGCAUUUGGUGCUCCAUGCACAAAACCUUUCCAUUGGUUUUCAUCCACUGAUCUGACCCCUUCUGGUCAGGGCAGUGACCUUCUUGCCCCAUUGCCUUCUUGAGGUGGCUCAGAAGUGACAGUCCUCACUCAGCCCUGAAAACUGGGAAGAUGCCCAGAACAAUGCUCUAAAAAGCCUUCUGUGUGCAAGGGGGUCCAGCUUUAAACUGCAGUCCUAUGCUCUCACUUGUCCAUCAAACCUGACGGGAAUUACUUCUGAGUAGGCAUGGGUACGAUUGCAUUGUAAGGCUGCAGUCCUUUCUCAAUGGGGCUUGCUUCUGAUUAAACACAUCUAUAAUUGCAUUGCAAAAGAAGGGGGGGGUGAUGUGUAUUGCUGAUUUGUAGUUUUGGCCACUGCUGCUUUCAAGGAAACCUUUAUUUUGUAUCAUGGAUAUUUUUAGUUUUAUUAUUCUGAAGUGUAUAUAUUUCCACUCUGGAACCUUCAGGUAAAGGGCAGAUCAUUAAUCAACCCUUUUCAGGCUUACUCAGUCAUAAGCCUUCACAAGACGUACUCCUAAGUAACUGCGGGAGGGGGGGUGUUCGUUUGUUUUUUAACUGUUUUACCUAUUUAUUUAUUUUCAAUGGUCAGCUUCCUUGGAUAUCUCUUGUUGAGAUAACUAACAAAAUAUUGGAUAUAUCAAUAUAUCCAAUAUAGAGAACAAAUGUUUAAUACAUUUUAAAAUAUGAAUGUUUGCUUGGAAUUGCAUCUCAUGGAGCUCAAUGGAGUUGACUCUCAUCUCGAAUUUUGUUUUAAUUUGCUUAUUUAUUAUGUUUGUAUCUGACCCUUUCUCCAAGGAGCUCCGGGUGGCCUACGUGGUACCCCCUUCCCAAUUUUACCUUCACAACCACAGGGCUGUGAGGUAGAUUAAGCUGAGAGGCAGAGGGUGACCCAAGCUAUUCAAGCAAGUAUCACAGCCGAGUGGGGGUUGGAAUUCGGUUUUAUCCACCCCUUGUUAUCCAUGCAAUUCUACAUCUGACCUAUGUGGGGUGGUGAGAGUGUCAGGUGAGGACCUGGGAGAACCCCCCUCCCCAGCUAUGGGUGACCUUGGGCUGCUUCUCAGCCUAGCCUACCUCACAGGGUUGUUGUGGGGAUUAAAUGAGGAGGGGAGGACCAUGGAUUAAAUGAGGAGGGGAGGGGCAAGAUAAAUGCAUUAAAAUAAACCAACCAGCAAUUUUUUUGGCCUGGCUUUCCAGAUCCUUAUGGUAGUGUAGCCUUUUUAGCCUCGGGUGAGAAGAGCUUUGCGCCCGGGACGGGGAAAUGGGAGUCAACAGACACUCAAGGAAUAGUUUCAGAGAAAAAGCUUUAUUUCUACCAUCUGGGCUGGUAGAAGGAGCAAGUGUGAUAGAUUCACAAAGCAAGCACGAGUUCACAGCCAUUUGCACAGAGCAUAUAUUCCCCUUCAGUUCCCUCCCCUUUCUCCUCCUCCUCCGGAGUCCUGCCCCAUGUUGAGUUUCCUGAGCAUGAACAGAAAGCUCCUGUCUUGGGACUCUUUUGGACUCUUGGCACCCUUCCCAGGAAAAGGGGACGAGAAGCCUUGCGUUCAGCGUGUCCAAAAUAUGUUUCUUUUCUCUUGCUCUAUUGGCACAGUUCCCGGAAAGAAAAGUUGCAAGUAGAAUGUACUUUUUGGCAAGGUCAGCUAGCCUGAGAAGCAAAAAGGCAUUGUUCUAUUCAGCUACCUUUGUUACAGCAGAGCGAAAUGCUUCUAACUACUGAGAAAGUAAUUUUGGAAAAAAUAUUGAGGCUUGAGGCCUGAUUUGAGGGGGGGGUGACUUCGGGCCUAGGUGGGGCACCUGUCCUCACCUCCUUCAGUAGGGGGGUGGGGGUGGGGUGACAGCUUUAGCAAGCGAGUGGGACGAUUACAUCUUCUGAUGUAAUUAUGACACCAGGUGAUUGACACCUGCCAGAGGUUGCAGGUCAACCACGUGAGCCUAGGUCCUAGCUUGCAAGCCGCUAUGCCUUGGGCCAUAACAGGAGACUAAUACAUUUAAUAAACAAAUGGUAAGAAAUAAGCGGGGCAGUCUCCUGCCCGGAGCCCCGGGGGACCAGCCGGGCGCGCCCCGCCGGGGCAGGUUCCCUCUCCAGCCAGUCCCACGCGGGAGGCCCCGGGGCUUCAGCUCCUCCGAGAGGAAUCACGGCUUGGGGGGAUCGGAAGGGACCCCGCGGGGGGAGGCGGAAAGAGACGGACGAAUCGCAAGGCAGCUGCGCAAAACAGGAGCUCGUUAGAGCAGCGCUGGGCGGAGACUGCGCACUGGGGCGCCCAGAAGCGCCGCUCGCGAAGCAACGAGAAAGCGGCAGAAGCCGGGAGGCGCUUGGCCGCCGGCUGCCAUAUAAGGCAAGAGGCGGGGCCUCAUGCUCCGCCCUCCUCGCGCACGGCGCCGGCCCGAUUGCGGCGGCCGUCGCUUAGCAACUCCGCGCGGCCGGGGCGCCCUUUCCGUCCUCGUCUCCCCUCUGAAUGGGCGCGGAAAGGAGGGGGCGGAGCCUCCGCCCUCCCGGCGCUCGCCGAUUGGUCCUGCUAGGUUUGUCGAGGCUUUAGUCGUGACGUCGCGGCGGCGUCGUUCCAGAAAGUUCGCGGCGGCGGCGCCUAUAAAAGGCUCUCGGUCGAGGCGCCGCUCGCCGGGUCGGAGCGCGCGAGGGAGACGCGAGAGAAGGGCCGGCGAGGCUGAGGUGCGGGCGCGGGAUGAAAAUGCGGGCGGAGGGCGGGCCGAGGCCGACGCGGCUCGCGAGGAAGGACUCGCCGCCAACGCCUUCAGAGCUGCAGGCGCAGCAACGGGACGGGGGUGGGCUGGAUGAUCCCUGGGGGGCCCUGCUCUGGCGCCGGGGCGCGCUGCCGCGAAGGGGCUCGGCGGGGCCUCUCGCCCCCUGCCUCCUCAGGCGUCGCUCUGGGCUGGAAACGGAGAGGGGGAAUGGAAACGGUUUAAGCGAGGCAUUUGUUUGCGUUGUGGACGCCAAUAGGCGCAAACACUGUUUUUCGUGGUGAAGAGUAUUAUAAAAAUAGAGAUGAAUGAAGAAACAAGAAUUGCAUCAAGUAGAGCUUGUUAUUGGUUCAAUACGAUAAUUUCUAAUAUGCAUUUUAGAAAUGUUGGGGGAACAUAGUGUUUCCGUUGUGUUUUGAGUGUUCAGAGGGUUUUCUGCAAGUUGCCUUGUAGUAGUUAAGGCAAACACUGUGAGGUAGGGGGGUCCACGCUGCUGACCUCGUGUGGCGGCACUGGGGUUAAAAGAGGACACCUGGAGCGGUCUUGGUAUUGCCUGGCAUUUACAUCAGAGAUAUAUAUAUAUUUGACAACCCAGUGAGGUAGGUCAGUACUAAUGUGACAAAUGGGGAGUGAGGAAGAACGAACUGGUGGCUAUAGGGAUAGUCAAACUGGAGACCUUCAGUUUUUAUCUCCCAUCUCUAGGAGAUGGAGAACAACCGUGGCCCAUUUCUAAUGUUCAAGAGUGCUUCAUUUUUGUUACCAUGUCAUAAUUUAUUUUAGCUUACGGCCUUGCAGUUCUCUGUGCAAGCUAGGCCAGCAUUGUCGUCCCCAUUUGCGGGUUGAGUGAAGUGGCUGAAGCCAAGUGUCUCAUCUAAGGCCUUCUAGAAAACUCCAGGCUGAGACCUGAGACAUGAUCUGAAGAAGCUGCCUUGCAGCAAGUCAGCCCAUGGGUCCAUCUAGGGCAGCACAUUGACUGGCAUCAGUUUUCCAGGGUUUCAGACAGCAGUCUUUCCAUAACACCAGCUGGAGAUGCCCAGGGUUGGAUAAUUAAGGACUCUGCAGGCAAAAACAAGUGCUCUGUCAUUGAGGCCUCAGUGUCUUAGAUACUAGAAUACUCUUUAAAAAAAGGAGAGCAGCAAACUGAUAUUGUCAUUUUUAGGUAGUUUCUGUGUCUAGUGGUGUGGGCCUUCUGUUGGAUUUUUUCUGCUCUAAGUUGAUGGGAAUUUGUUUUUCCAUAGUUAUUUAACCUAUAAACAAAACUUUAAAAAUCUGUUCUGUGUUGCUAUUAUGUUCUGUUAUCAAUGUUUGAAAAAAAAAUUCCAGUUCCCUCAAGUAGAUGAAAUGAAAUAAUGCAUUAGAUGAAGAUGCCGAAAUAUUUUUAACGUGACUGAAAACAGCAUGCAAAAUGCAUAGUCGCAUAUCAACAGCCAAUAACCCUGUCAGUGGACUUCCCCUUCUCUGUUCCCCCACCAUCCUCAAACCUGCUGCAGAGGUUCUCCCACCAUCCUAAGCAGAGUUUGGGGGGGCUGCAGGGAGGAGGAGUGGAAGGGUGAAUCCUGUUGUACCAGAGGAUAUCUGUUCUGAUAAUUGAAGAAAGUAAGGACUGUCUGGGACAAUUUUUGUGCUUGUUUAAUGUGUUCAUUCAAUUGCGUUCAUUUUGGAUUAAUUUGUUAAAGUAUACAUUUACAUAAUACAGUAGUUCUGAAGAAAGCAUGUUUUGUGUUUAGACAAUGAAAUGUAUGUAGAAAAUAAUGAAGCAUUUACUUUGUGUGUAAGGAAAGAGCAUACCUCUUCUAAAAUGGUUCUUGCCAUUUGUAUUUUUACAAGUUCUUCUGCCUUAAACCCCAGCUUAAAAAGGGAACAUUUGAUUAAUUGGCAAUAUCCAGUUCUGGUUUUUACCAUAUACAAAGCUUUCUUAGUGCCUUCAAACAUAUUUGAUGACAACCUGCAUUCCAGGAUGGGAAAUUCUUUAGCAAAACAAGGGAAAUUUGAUGAAGAAAAACCUGAGUGCUGUCUUCAUUCCUUCUGUUUCUUUCAUCCUCUCAGGCUGCUGCCAUGGUGAAGGAAACGGGCUACUAUGAUACGCUGGGGGUGAAGCCAAGUGCCACCUCGGAUGAGAUCAAGCGGGCCUACCGCAAGUUAGCCCUGAAGUUCCAUCCGGACAAGAAUCCCAGCGAGGGCGAGCGGGUAUGGACUUCAGUUGGAGAGGGUGAAGUGGGGGUCUUAGGGAGGCAACUGCAGGUGGGCCAGUUGAGACACCAGCUAGGAGGCACAUGUUUUAUUUUUUAGUUCAUGAAAGCAAGUGGCUGGUCUUUUGCAGAAGGAAGUAAACCACUGUGCUUAGUUAUUGUAGUGGGAAUGACCAACAUUUGACACUUAGUAGUCCUAAAACGAAGACAGGAGUGCCUGACGUGCUCUGGUCCAUGGGGUCACAAAGAGUCGGGCACAACUAAACGACUAAACAACAGUCCUAAAACAGGUACUCUAUGCACAGGAGUACAGUGGGUGUCCAUACAGAGUAUCCACACACCCACACACACACACACACACACACUCACUGUAUUCCGGAGAUCCUUGCAAUAUAGAUUACAUUUUAUCCAUUAAAAUGAUUGGCAUUUUGCUAGUAAUUUCUUGGGUUCCAUCUGAACCCAGGGAUGGGAAGUCUUGCAGGCUAUAGAGCAUUUUCCUCAGUGAGUAAUGCUGUAUAUCUGUUUUAUUUUCCGUGGCAUGCUGUGAACAUUUCUUAUGCUGAUCGAUAUAUUAUAUUAUAUUGAUAUAAUUUCCUUUACAGCAUUUAUUUUGGCCUGGCUUUUUCUUAUAUUAACCACUGCAGGGGGGGAAAUACUCUAAAAUAGGUGGAUGACUGCUUUUGCUGGGUAUAUAUUUACUGAAUAGUCUCUUGAUGGAUGUUCAGGAGUUUUCUUAAUCACUUGUAUGAAACUUAACUAUUGUUGUCUGCUAGCCAGCUAUUUAGAGGGUCUCUUUCUCUUCUUAGUUUAAACUCAUAUCCCAGGCUUAUGAAGUUCUGUCAGACCCAAAGAAAAGAGACCUCUAUGACCAGGGUGGGGAGCAAGCUAUUAAAGAAGGAGGCCUAAGUGGCGGCAAUUUCUCUUCACCCAUGGACAUCUUUGACAUGUUCUUUGGUGGUGGAGGCAGAAUGAAUAGAGAAAGAAGAGGUAUGCAUGUGUGUUUUAAAUACUGCAUCAGUUAAAUUCUAGUGUGUGAGACCAAAAUGUAGAAUGCUACUGUAGUAUUGUGUCCAAAGCGUAAAAUAUUUACACUGGUACCUUGGUUCUCGAAUGUAAUCCGUUCCGGAAGUCUGUUCAACUUCCGAAACAUUCGAAAACCAAGGCUUUGCUUCUGAUUGGCGUGGGUGCCCUGAAAACAAUAGCUGACAGCUGCAUCUGAUGUUUGGCUUCUGAAAAAGAGUUCAAAAACCAGAACACUUAACUUCCGGGCUUUCGGCGUUUGGGAGCUGAAAUGUUUGAGUACCUAGGCGUUGGAGAACCAAGGUUCCACUGUAGUUACCAAUGGGAACUGCAGCUGAAGGUUUCAUUCAUGAGGCAGCUCUCUUGGCCUUACUGUAAGGCAAAGCUACUAUUAUUAAUGAUUGACUUUUGUUGGCCCUGUUGCACCUGUUUUUUCCAUUCUGGGAAUAUGGCAACAAUAUCUUAGCAUUACUGCAGAAAUGGCAGUGUGGUUUAUCUGAAGCACUGUAACUUGAGGUUAUCUUUGGAAAUGCUUAGAUUCAGGUGAUAGACCUCAGAACCAAAUAAUUUGGGGGGUGUGGUUGAACAAAAAAAUUGCAAAAUUCAAACCAGGAUAGUUUAAUCAGUUCUUUGGUUUCAUAUCCAGGAAACAUACUAAUUUUGAGAGUUUCCCCUUGGGGUUUUUUUUUGGGGGGGGAGGGUUUGUUCUGCACUUAGAAUAGUGUUUAGAAUUUGAGGGCUAUAACUAUUAAUACAAUGCAUUUGAAAACUGGUUGGUUUAGGGAUACAUAUUUCAGCACUGCCCAGUAGUGUCUAACCAAGGAAGUGGAUAGAGGUAAGUUGUCCAGAGGACCAACUUUAUUCUGGUCAAUAGCCUCUGCUCAACCUUCCCAAGUACAAUUUUUUAAAUUAUAUCUUGCCAUGGUUGCUGGCAGCCCUGGCUCUUUUUUCAAGAAAAUUGCCUUUGAGAGGGAGGAACUGCCAUGGCCUUCUUCUUUGCCUAGGAUGCAUAUAUGAUAAAGCCAGAUGAGGGGAAUUUCAUCUUGGUUUUGUCCAUGUGUGGUAUUACAGAUAAGUUAAAAAGAAAAAAAAAUUAAAUAGCUAUAUAGGAAGCUAACUUUACAAAAUUCUGAAAAGCUAAUCCGUAUUGCAGAAACAGAGCUGUUGUGUUUCCUCUUAGUAAAAGGUACACAUUCCAUUCUGGAGGAUUGUUAGGCUUGCAGGGAGGUAGGAUAAAAAGCUUAAAAUGAACAUUGGAAAUGGGGAUCUUGUGUUAAGCAUCUGACCUUCAUUUUCAUUAAGGAAAGAACGUUGUCCAUCAGUUGAGUAUAUCCCUUGAAGACUUGUACAAUGGAGCCACAAGAAAGCUGGCGCUUCAGAAGAAUGUAAUUUGUGAUAAGUGCAAAGGUAAUGACUCAGUGAACUUGAAUAUAGAAGUUGGGCUGUGCCCAAAAAGUGUUCUAAAGGCCACUCCUGUAACCUCAAGUGAAAAUGCUGAACAUUAUAUGCAGGGAUACAGUGGUGCCUCGCAAGACGAAAUUAAUCCGUUCCGCGAGAGUCUUCAUCUAGCGGUUUUUUCGUCUUGCAAAGCAACCCUAUUAGCAGUUUAACGGAUUAGCGCUAUUAGCGGUUUAGCGGCUAUUAAAGGCUUAUCGGAUUAGCUGCUAAAAGGCUAUUAAAGGCUUAGCGGCUUAGAUAAAGGGGGGAAAAGCGGGAAAAAAAUCUCAAGACUCGCAAGACAUUUUCGUCUUGCGAAGCAAGCCCAUAGGGAAAUUCGUCCUGCGAAGCAACUCAAAAACGGAAAACCCUUUCGUCUAGCGGGUUUUCCGUCUUGCGAGGCAUUUGUCUUGCGGGGCACCACUGUAUUUGACGGCACCAGCUGCCUUGAAUACAUUAAAGUCAGACACAGAAUCAUUUUGUGGGUGUGAUUACUCAGGAAGUACUUGCGGUGCUCACCAAACCAUUCUUAAAUCUAAAAUCAAGAAUGUGCCAUUACGUUCUUUCAAAUUCACAAACCUUUACUGACGUUUACACAAGAUUCCAGUAUGGUUCAGUACAAUAAAAUCACUCAUCAGAAACCUGCAUCUAACACUUGAGUUAACAUUGUACAGUGGUACCUCGGGUUAAGUACCAAAUUUUUUGCUCUAUAGGACACACUUUUCCCCCUCCAAAAAUGAAGGGAAAAUGUGUGUGCGUCCUAUGGAGCGAAUGCAGGGGGGAGGCAGGCAGGAAAAGCCCCCAAAAGCCGCACACAAGCUCCGCGCGGCUCUUGCGGGCUUUUCCUCAGGAGGGACAAGGGACUGACGCGGCCAGUCACUCCCUUCUCCCUCCUUGUAGAAAAGCCCACAGGAGCUGCGCGCUCCUUAAAGGGUGCGCAGCUCCUGUGGGCUUUUGCGGGAGGUGGGGUAUUGCCAUAGCCGCGCACCACCUCACCAGACGGGAGAGGAUGCACGGGGCUAAAGAAGCCAUAGCCCUGGGCUUCCCCGGCAGCCCCGAGAAGCUUGCGGAGCAAUGGGAAGGCUGCGUGCCUUUCCGCUGCUCCCCAACCUGCUCUUUGGGGCGGGCGGUGGGCUUCCCCCCGCCAGCCCCAAAGAGCAGGUCGAAAACAACCUGAAGCCUGGAGAGCGAGAGGGGUCGGUGCGCCCCGACCCCUCUUGCUCUCCAGGCUUCCAAGGUAACCGCCUGAAGGCGGCUGAAUACACCUUGAACGACAUCUUGUUUUAGAGGGGGAAAACAAGGGGGGGAAAUUCUCCUCCUCUCUGCACAGCGCCUCCUGCUGGAGGGGCGCUGGGCAGAGAGGAGGAGGUUUUUUUUCUUGUUCUCCCCCCUCUAAAACAAGGUGCGUCCUAUGAUCGGGUGUGUCCUAUAGAGCGAAAAGUACGGUACUUAAUUUGUUCCGGAGGUCUGUUCUUAACCCGAAACUGUUCUUAACCUGAAGCACCACUUUAGCUAAUGGGGCCUCCUGCUACCGCUGCGCCACCAGAGCACAAUUUCUGUUCUCAUCCUGAAGCAAAGUUCUUAACCUGAGGUACUAUUUCUGGGUUAGUGGAGUCUGUAACUUGAAGCGUACCAAGGUACCACUGUAUAAGCAUUCAUGAGUCCUCAUUGGAUGGUGCAGAAACUUGGCUACUAUCUCCAUCUUAUCCCCAUCCUGAGUAAACAUAAAGAAGGCUACAUUAAAUCCAUGUGAAUACCACUCCCUACUAACAACCAACCGAUUAUGCGCAGCGGAUUCUAUUUGUCUGUGCACAGAGGCAUAGUCUUUCUACAAGUGGUGUUUUCUAGAAUUUCCCUUUUCUUGACCUUAAAGGAGCAUUUGACUCUAUUUCUAGAAAUCACUUUUGGGACAAACUUCUGAGGAUGGGAAUGGAGAAAAAUAUACUUUACCUAAUUAGGAAGCUUGUAUUCUUCUACAAGCUGCCAAGUUAAAUUCACUCCCCAAGGGAACUUAAGAUCCAAAAUCUCAAUCCACAAAGGGGUGAAACGGGAAACUUUCUGUUUCAGACGUAUUUGCCUCUGAAACAGGCAAACGGCUAAUUUUCUUAACAGCAAACAUUCUUUUUAAUGACAAAACAAGAAUGAUUGCUAUAAAAAAAAAUGAGUCCAUAGUAAAAGUAGCCAUGAUCCUCUUUAAAAAGGUGUUCAUCUCUGGUCGAUGAUACAGGUCAGUUGUGGAUUGAUAAGUGUAUAUCACAUAAAUUGUGAACUGAUGGGAUUCCAACUAUCUCCACUUCUCAAGGCUAUUGUCAAGUAUUUGGCAGGCUUAUGAAAAGUCAUGAGAAGUGAACAGAUUGUUCUGUUCAAAGAGUGCACUGGAAACUGUUGAGCAGCCUAGCAAUGUUUGCGGACUUAAUCAAAUAUUUUCCUUGCUGUUGUCCAAACUGUACAUAAAUAUGCUUAGACUUGUUCAUUAUUUUGAAUAAUUAUGCCAGACCCAGGGAGACGCAGAGCUCAGAGGGAGUAAUGUUUGGCGCUGAAUUCGUAGAUAAGAUGUAGUCAAAGCCCUGUUUGCUUGGUACGAGAGCUAUACACGGAUGGAUGUUGAGUUUGGUAAUGAGAGCUUGGUGAGUUGCUGUCUGUCAUCAGGGAACUUUAGGAGUUACAGUGUGUGUGCUUAUGUAUUUCCUUCCAAGGCCUCGGUGGAAAGAAAGGUGCUGUGGAAAAGUGUCCUACAUGCAAAGGAAGAGGAGUGCAGGUGCUUGUUCAGCAGAUCGCACCUGGAAUGGUGCAGCAAAUCCAGACUGUUUGUUCAGACUGUAAAGGCCAAGGGGAACGAAUAAAUCCCAAAGACAGAUGCACCACCUGCAAUGGCAAUAAGGUGGUUAGAGAGAAAAAAAUAAUAGAAAUACACAUUGACAAAGGUAAGGAUUUCAUCACACCCAACCUUCCCAGGCAGCUAGCUACCCAAAUUGGUAGCUCACGAGGGAAUAUCUCUUUGCUCAUACCCAAAGCCUGGCCCUCCUGCACAUGCCCAUUGCUUCCUUUUUCAAGCACGACAUUCAUGGCAAGGCUUCACUGCCACAAGGCACUAAGGUAUCCUAGUGAUCUUUGAGGACUGGAAUUUCAUUGCUCAAGUAACUACAUAGUGAUGAAAGGAAGGCAGACACAUAGGCAUGCAAUAAUUUUUAUCUUGCUGUUUGCCCCGUAGGGAACCCACAGCAGAUUAAAAUAAGUCAUAAACAGUAUCUCAAAUAUUAGAUACAGGUAGGUAGCUGUGUUGGUCUGCCGUAGUUUAAACAAACAAACAAAAAUCCUUCCAGUAGCACCUUAGAGAACAACUAAGUUUGUCAUUGGUAUGAACUUUCGUGUAUCUGAAGAUAGCUGAAGUGUGCAUGAACACGAAAGCUCAUACCAAUGACAAACUUAGUUGGUCUCUAAGGUGCCUACUGGAAGGAUUUUUAAAAUUUUGUUUCAAAUAUUAGAGAUACUUUCAAAAUUGUCAGUUUUGGAAUUUUGAUCCUAUACAGUAUGUUUCAGUUGUUUCAGAAGGCAUGGCACUAAGCGAUGGAUGGAUUUCCCGUUCCUCCACAUUUUGAAGCUUUGCUGUGCUUUGUUGCUUAAGUUACAACUUAACUAGGAUAAUUCAUCCCAGUAUAUAUAGUUGGCUGCAUUUUAGAGUUAAUUUGCAGCACACCCUCUUCCUCACACACAUUUAUAAACACACUGCAGAGUAAGCAGUCUUCAUGCAAUCAUACUUAACAUUGCAUUGUGAUUGUGCUAGGAUUGUAGUGGUUUUUAUCAAUACCCUUGGUCAGAAACUUAAAAAGAAGCAUUCCUAAUGCAUCAGUUUUACUUUGGAAAUAAGGCCACAUAAUUUGGAACUUUUGGAAGUAUUCCUAACUUGCCAUAGGCUAGAAGUUACAGGAUAUCCAUUAAUCAGGUUGCUGGCACUGUUUUGACAAAUCUUCUGAAUGUGAUUUCUUUUAUGUGUGUGUAUGUGUUGCUUCAUAGGUAUGAAAGAUGGUCAGAAAAUAGUAUUUCACGGAGAAGGUGACCAGGAACCUGAUUUGGAGCCUGGAGAUGUCAUCAUUGUGCUAGAUCAGAAAGACCACCCAGUGUUUCAGAGAAGAGGCAACGACUUAAUUAUGAAAAUGAAAAUUCAGCUCACGGAAGCCUUGUGUGGCUUCAAAAAGACAAUUGAUACCUUGGAUGACAGAGUCCUUGUAAUAACUUCCAAAGCAGGUAGGUGUUGCAUCUACCUUGUUAAAGAAAAAAAUGCUUAGCAAAUGUUAUUUAAUUAGCAGCUUGCAUGUUUCCAUUAAGAUACUGAUUUUAAUGAGUUUCUGCUGCAAACCAGUUUAGAUCAUCCACUGGAGCUGAUGAUUGGAGACAGAGGAUGGACAAAAAGACGAGCUGGUUUCCAUGAGAUGUGAUGCCCACAAACUUGUUGUUGUUGUUUAGUCGUUUAGUCGUGUCCGACUCUUCGUGACCCCAUGGACCAGAGCACGCCAGGCACUUCUGUCCUCCACUGCCUCCCGCAGUUUGUCAGACUCGUGUUUGUAGCUUCGAGAACACUGUCCAACCAUCUCGUCCUCUGUCGUCCCCUUCUCCUUGUGCUCUCCAUCUUUCCCAGCAUCAGGGUCUUUUCCAGGGAGUCUUCUCUUCUCAUGAGGUGGCCAAAGUAUUGGAGCCUCAGCUUCAGGAUCUGUCCUUCCAGUGAGCAGGGCUGAUUUCCUUAAGAAUGGAUAGGUUUGAUCUUCUUGCAGCCCAUGGGACUCUCAAGAGUCUCCUCCAGCACCAUAAUUCAAAAGCAUCAAUUCUUCGGCGAUCAGCCUUCUUUAUGGUCCAGCUCUCACUUCCAUACAUCACUACUGGGAAAACCAUAGCUUUUACUAUACGGACCUUUGUUGGCAAGGUGAUGUCUCUACUUUUUUAGGAUGCUGUCUAGGUUUGUCAUUGCUUUUCUCCCAAGAAGCAGGCGUCUUUUAAUUUUGUGACUGCUGUCACCAUCUGCAGUGAUCAUGGAGCCCAAGAAAGUAAAAUCUCUUACUGCCUCCAUUUCUUCCCCUUCUAUUUGCCAGGAGGUGAUGGGACCAGUGGCCGUGAUCUUUGUUUUUUUGAUGUUGAGCUUCAGACCAUAUUUUGCGCUCUCCUCUUUCACCCUCAAUAAAAGGUUCUUUAAUUCCUCCUCACUUUCUGCCAUCAAGGUUGUAUCAUCUGCAUAUCUGAGGUUGUUGAUAUUUCUUCCGGCUAUCUUAAUUCCGGCUUCGGAUUCAUCCAGCCCAGCCUUUCGCAUGAUGAAUUCUGCAUAUAAGUUAAAUAAGCAGGGACAAUAUACAGCCUUGUCGUACUCCUUUCCCAAUUUUGAACCAAUCAGUUGUUCCAUAUCCAGUUCUAACUGUAGCUUCUUGUCCCACAUAGAGAUUUCUCAGGAGACAGAUGAGGUGAUCAGGCACUCCCAUUUCUUUAAGAACUUGCCAUAGUUUGCUGUGGUCAACACAGUCAAAGGCUUUUGCAUAGUCAAUGAAGCAGAAGUAGAUGUCUUUCUGGAACUCUCUAGCUUUCUCCAUAAUCCAGCGCAUGUUUGCAAUUUGGUCUCUGGUUCCUCUGCCUCUUCUAAAUCCAGCUUGCACUUCUGGGAGUUCUCGGUCCACAUACUGCUUGAGCCUUCCUUGUAGAAUUUUAAGCAUAACCUUGCUAGCGUGUGAAAUGAGUGCAAUUGUGCGGUAGUUGAAGCAUUCUUUGGCACUGCCCUUCUUUGGGAUUGGGAUGUAGACUGAUCUCCAAUCCUCUGGCCACUGCUGAGUUUUCCAAACUUGCUGGCAUAUUGAGUGUAGUACCUUAACGGUAUCAUCUUUUAAAAUUUUAAAUAGUUCAGCUGGAAUACCAUCACUUCCACUGGCCUUGUUAUUUGCAGUGCUUUCUAAGGCCCAUUUGACUUCACUCUCCAGGAUGUCUGGCUCAAGGUCAGCAACCACACUACCUGGGGUGUACGAGACAUCCAUGUCUUUCUGGUAUAGUUCCUCUGUGCAUUCUUGCCACCUCUUCUUUAUGUCUUCUGCUUCUGUUAGGUCCUUACCACUUUUGUCCUUUAUUACGGUAAUCUUUGUACGAAAUGUUCCUUUCAUAUCUCCGAUUUUCUUGAACAGAUCUCUGGUUCUUCCCAUUCUGUUGUUUUCCUCUAUUUCUUUGCAUUGCUCGUUUAAGAAGGCUUUCUUGUCUCUCCUUGCUAUUUUUUGGAAAUCUGCAUUCAAUUUCCUGUAUCUUUCACUAUCUCCCUCGCAUCUUGCUUGCCUUCUUUCCCCUGCUAUUUGUAAGGCCUCGUUGGACAGCCACUUUGCUUUCUUGCAUUUCUUUUUCAUUGGGAUGGUUUUCGUUGCUGCCUCCUGUAUAAUGCUGCGAGCCUCCACCCAUAGUUCUUCAGGCACUCUGUCCACCAAAUCUAAAUCCUUAAACCUGUUCCUCACUUCCACUGUGUAUUCAUAAGGGAUUUGACUUAGAUUGUAUCUUACCGGCCCAGUGGUUUUUCCUACUUUCUUCAGUUUAAGCUUGAAUUUUGCUAUAAGAAACUGAUGAUCUGAGCCACAGUCAGCUCCAGGUCUUGUUUUUGCUGACUGUAUAGAGCUUCUCCAUCUUUGGCUGCAGAGAAUAUAAUUAAUCUGAUUUCGAUGUUGCCCAUCUGGUGAUGUCCAUGUGUAGAGUCGUCUCUUGUGUUGUUGGAAAAGCGUGUUUGUGAUGACCAGCUUGUUCUCUUGACAGAACUCUAUUAGCCUUUGCCCUGCUUUGUUUUGAUCUCCAAGGCCAAACUUGCCAGUUGUUCCUUUUAUCUCUUGAUUCCCUACUUUAGCAUUCCAAUCCCCUAUAAUGAGAAGAACAUCCUUCUUUGGUGUCACUUCUAUAAGGUCUUGUAAGUCUUCAUAGAAUUGGUCAAUUUCAGUUUCUUCAGCACCAGUAGUUGGUGCAUAAACUUGGAUUACUGUGAUGUUAAAAGGUCUGCAUUGGAUUCGUAUCGAGAUCAUUCUAUCAUUUUUGAGAUUGCAUCCCAGUACAGCUUUUGCCACUCUUUUGUUGACUAUGAGGGCCACUCCAUUUCUUUUACAGGUUUCUUGCCCACAGUAGUAGAUAUGAUAGUCAUCCGAACUGAAUUCUCCCAUUCCCGUCCAUUUUAGUUCACUGAUGCCCAGGAUGUCAAUGUUUAUUCUUGCCAUCUCAUUUUUGACCACAUCCAACUUACCCAGGUUCAUGGUUCUUACAUUCCAGGUUCCUAUGCAAUAUUUUUCUUUACAGCAUUGGACUUUCCUUUCGCUUCCAUGCAUAUCCACAACUGAGCGUCCUUUCGGCUUUGGCCCAGCCGCUUCAUCAGCUCUGGAUCUACUUGUACUUGUCCUCCGCUCUUCCCCAGUAGCAUGUUGGACACCUUCCGACCUGAGGGGCUCAUCUUCCAGCGUCAUAACUUUUAUAUGCCUGUUGUCUUUGUCCAUGGAGUUUUCUUGGCAGGGAUACUGGAGUGGCUUGCCGGUUCCUCCUCCAGGUGGAUCACAUUUGGUCAAAACUCUCCACUAUGACCUGUUCAUCUUGGGUGCCCUGCUCGGCAUAGUUCAUAGCUUCUCUGAGUUAUUCAAGCCCCUUCGCCAUGGCAAGGCAGUGAUCCAUGAAGGGGCCCACAAACUUAGAUGGCUUUAAAAGGGAUUGUCUCUCAGAACCCAUUGCAGGGAACAGCAGUGGGAAAGGGCUAUAGAUCCUCAUGUUCUGCUUUUGUUUUUUUGUGGUUUUUUAAAAGAAUUUUUAUUAAGUUUACAUUUUACCAUGAUCACAAUCCAUUAAAUAAUCUCAUCACCAAAAACAUUUCUCAAACUGAGCUUCAACCUCCCCCCCCCAUCCCACUUUCUGGCUUUCAUAAAUAUUCACUUACAUCUUUGCAUUUCUAUAACCGCCUAUUUACCUUCUUUCUAUCUUAAUAAAACUUACCUUAUUUAUUGUAAACCAGCUCCAAAUAUUAGCAUUACAAAAUAUUUUAACUCAAACCUACAAACAUUUUCAGAUGUUUACAGUGUUCUUUCAUAUAUUGUAUAAAUAUACUCCAUUUUCUACUUUUGAGCUUUCCAAAUAUCUGAUUGGCUGUGUGGAAGUAGAAUGCUGAACCACGCUGAGCUUUUUAGCCCAAAGGGCCAAAUUGUCUCCCCUACCCACCCAUCUUGAGCAAAGUUGGACAGGAGAGCAGAGUCAAUCACCUGUCAGGUACCUGAUGUCACAAUGACAUCUUGCCCGUUUUUUUUGUUUUGUCCAGAUUGUCAGAAGCCCUUUUCAAAACGUUAUUCUCUACAGAGCUUUGAAAGGCUCAAAGCCUGCAACACACUUUGAGCUGAGACAGAACCUACCUAAUUAGGCCAGUGGGCCUCAGGUUCCUCACCACCGAGAUAGAGACCCCUGGUCUGAUCCAGUAGGGUUUCAUGUAUCAUUUUGCUGUUGGGAACCUCUCUGCAAGGAAAAAGGGGUUUCGGAAAGCUAACGAACUUAACUGUGUGUAAUCGCUAUUCAAACAGGUGAAGUGAUAAAGCAUGGAGAUGUCAAAUGCAUCAUAAAUGAGGGAAUGCCAAUUUACAAGUCACCAUUGGAAAAAGGUUCCCUAAUAAUUCAGUUCUUGGUAAGUAAGUUAGUUGCUUUUAAACAGUUGUUUGAAUCUAUCUGCCUACAAGCUGGAUGAAGUGCAUUUCCAACUGAAUGGGCAGUUGUAAAGUCAGCAACAUGGGCUGUGCCCUGUAGGUGCCACACAAGCAGCAAAGCGUUCUUGAAACACACUGAACUGCAACUCAUGAGGCACCUCAACUGUCCCUUACUGCUUCCUGCUUCAGGGUUUGUGCACAUGAAGCAGUAGAAGAUUUGUAAAAAUGGGAGGGAUGUGCCAAAAUGUGUUGUUCCGAGGUGAGGUAGGGAGGUGCACAAAGGAAUUCCCUCUCCAGCCAUGUUAUCUAAAAACUACUCAUUGUUCAGUGUCAAAUGAGCAUCACCCUGUUUUCUUGUUUUAAUGGCAUCUGGGAUCCUUUGAAUAGCUUUUUAGCAAAGUUUUCACCUAGCUCUGCCACUUAAUCUGCUCUUAUUUUGGGAUUGCUGGCUUGUUUUAUACAGUGGUACCUCACAAGACGAAAAACACGCAAGACGAAAGAGUUUUCCGUUUUUUGAGUCGUUCCGCAAGACGAAUUUCCCUAUGGGCUUGCUUCGCAAGACGAAAUGUCUUGCGAGUUCUUGCGAGUUUGUUUCUUUUUUCUUAAAGCCGCUAAGCCGCUAAUAGCUGUGCUUCGCAAGACGAAAAAACCGCAAGACGAAGAGAUUCGCGGAACGGAUUAAUUUCGUCUUGCGAGGCACCACUGUAUUGUAAGCUGUCUUGAGAAAGCCAAGCUGUGUGUCAUCUUGGUAGAAAGCAGCUGAGGGACAAAACGAGGGAGAGAGUGCUGGAUUUUGUCUGACCCCUCCACACACCAGAUUGCCUACCCUGCCAUCUAUGCAAGACAGUGGCAAUAAUUCCUGAUGGUAGUUAACAAAAUCAGCCUUAAGGUAUUUGCUUGUGUUCAAGGAGCUGCUGUUCCAAAUGCAGGAUGUGAGCAUAGCUCCACACUAGUUACAUUAAUGCUGCCUUUUUAUUAUAGGUUGCAUUCCCAGAGCAUCAGUGGCUUUCCAAGGAACAGCUACCCUUGUUAGAAGCUCUGCUUCCUCCAAGAGAAGAAGUAAUGAUUUCAGAAGACAUGGAUCAAGUUGAUCUUGUUGAAUUUGAUCCAAGAGAGCGAGCUUUCCGUAAUCAUGGGGAAGCCUAUGAGGAGGAUGACGAAGGUCCUAGAACUGGUGUGCAGUGUCAGACAUCUUGAACUGGAGGUGUAACUGGACUGCUAGUGACAGAUUCAAAAAUUGGCUUUUGAAGCCACUUGUCAUGUUCAGCACAGAGAUGCUGAGUAUCAUUUUUGUAACUAUAUAUUUAAGCGUUCAUGCAAAAAAAAAACCCCACACCAAAAAAAUCCCUCUGUAGCAAGACUUGAGUAUACUGCAACUUGGUUGAAUAAGCACUUCCAGUUUCUCUAAAAAUCCCUAAUGUAGAAAUAAUUUUCAGAACACUAUUUACAUAAAACAGCUAUAGUUUCAGCUUAAUGGGCUGUUCUCUGUUUGCUGUAAAACUGAAUUAUUGCUUCAAAUAAAACAGGACCAUUCUGUGUGGUGUGAGGACUCUUAACCAAGAGGGCAACUCUCUCACCCCAUCCCUCUGGAAUGGGAACUAAAUGCUUUCUUGGCUUAGGGAGCUAGGACAUACAAUAGAAAUUCACCAGCUAAAAGCUUAAGAAAUUGCAUGCAAGCAGCAUCUUUUUCUGAUUUUUUUAUGCUUGGGUGCCCCCUGCUGGAAAGAAACUCUUUGUAUAUUGCAUAUAUUUGCAAAUUGCAGGGCUCCCCUGAGCACAUGCACAGCCUUUAUUCUUGUUUGUAGUCACACCUGUGCCGUCCAUGACAAGCACUGCCACCCCAAAAACAGAAAAAUGUCUAAUAGGGGAAAUGAUACUCCAGUAGCCCAGUUGGCAAAUUAAGUAAUUUAAACAAAUACAUUUAUAAACAUAAAUAGCAAAAUUCAUACAAACUUAGAUAUAUAUUGAUUAUUUGCAUUUGUCAAAAUCUAAAGGUUUUCUUGACACCUUUUGAAAGUUCCACAGCCUUCAAAAGGAACCCAAAUUGAUUUAGGUACAUUUAAAUUGGACAGUCAUAAAUAUGGAUUUCUUGAUCAUCACCAACUGAUACAAUUUUAGAACCAUUUCCGUUGUAUUGCACUCCCCAGACCUGUGAACAAACCAAAAAUCUGUUAAGAUUGAUUGCAUAGAGUUAGGCAAUAGCUUAUAACAGACAUUUAAAAAAUUAUAAUGAUCACAAGUCCUUUUCUUUAAAAGGUAAUUUAUAUAUGCUGUGUACCGCCCCCUGCACAAGAGAAAACCAACCCAAUGGGCCCUCAGAUGUUGGGCUGCAACUCCACUGUGCCUGACUAUGGCUGAUAGGAGUCAAACAGUGACAAUCGUAGAACUGAAACAGGAGAAGCUGCCUCAUAUUGAGUAGCAGCAACUCAUAGUCUGAGGCAGAGCUUACCCAUCACUUGCUCCUUGAUGUGGAGAUGCCAAGCAUUGGACCUGCAUUCUUUGCAUGCCAGGCAUAUACUGCCACCAAGCUAUGGCCCCUCUGCCAGCAAAAGCACACUCAUUCUGCUAAAAAGGCAGGCCAAUGGGAUUGUACUUUCAGUCUCUCACACCCCUGUUACCAGCACUUUGCACAGAGGCAAGCUGAGUGGUUCAAGCAUCUUGAAUUAAAAUGCCAGUUUUAUUUGGGGGUGGGUGGAAAUCUUCCGUUUCAGGUGUUAAGAGAACUCAGUAGACAGCACUAAUAGACAAUUAAUUGGACACACUUUCACAUUUAUUUUAUGGAACAAAAUUUAUAUACUACUUUUAUAAGAAAACUCCACAAAUAUAGCAGGAAGUAACCCUUCAAAUUUUGGAACGUCUCAAGACUAGUUCUAUGCAGCCUGAACUAAAGGUUUUAAUGUAAGGAAAGUUCCCUAGGCUGCCACAACCGACAGCCACAAAGUUCUAUAUACCUGAUCUUGAUGAUCAAAGAAGGUAUGAGCACAGGUCUUGGAAGGUACAUCCCACACUUUCACGGUUUUGUCUGAUGAACUGGAAAAGAACAAUGAUCAACAAUUUUGUUCCCUGUUAAUACCAACCCACCAGAAAUAGGAAAUGGCCUCUGAUUCCUGGAAUCAUCACCAUUUGUGCAGUCCACUGGUGUGAGCCUCCAACCCUGAACUCGCCCUUCCCUCUUUGGGGAAUUAAAAAAUUGCAAGUCACAUCUCUCACUUCAUCUAUCCUAAAGCCACGGUACUCACUAUUUUGUCAUGUUUAUUUAGGAUAUUUCAUUGAAAAGUUCCAGGCCUGGUGUACAAAAGUGUGACUAACACCUCCAACCCCAAAGAAAAGCAGAACAGAGCAAGCAAAAACAAAACCACCAUCUGAAUUGUCUGGGCAAAAAGGUCUUCCCCUGGUAUUCAAAAAGGUGCCAGUGUUGGCACCAGACGUGUCUCUUGAGCAGACGCAGAAAAGGUCCUCUUUUAAGAGUGUAGCAUACUAAAGAAGAUGCUUGGAGCAGGGACUCUGCAGAAAAUCUGAAGACUGGCAUUAGAAUUGUUUUUGUUUCCCUAAGUGUUUAUUUGCCAUGCAUAAUGUUCAGUCCAUGUGUUGUGCAAAGCAGAAGCUGCCGUGCUACAUAAAGAUAAAGGACCCCUGACAGUUAAGUCCAGUUGC